AUGUCCCAAAGUCAAGCAGCAUCAUUCACGCAAGAUGUCACGCUCGGUGAGAAGAACCUCACGGAUCCUAGCUUGCCAUCAGCUCCUCGUAAGAAGAGAGUUGUCGUCACUGGUGGAUCGGGCAAGCUAGGACGAUGGGUCGUUCGAGAAAUGGUGGAGCAUGGAUGGCAGGUCCUCAAUCUGGACAAGUCUGCGCCUGCGCCGUCCGAGAAGGAUGUCCCCGCCAGAUUCAUCAUUGCCGAUCUCACCAACUACGGCGAAGUCAUCGCCCUCUUGAGCGAAUUGGAUGCUGCAUAUCGUGGUAUUGACGCUGUCAUUCACCUCGCAGCGCUUCCAGCCCCCGGAAUGGCGGCAAAUCACGUCAUUUUCCAUACCAAUGUCACUCAGACUUACAACGUUCUCGAGGCUGCGAGGGUUCUGCGUAUCCAAAACAUUGCACUCGCAUCGUCGGAAACAGUAUUCGGCAUCCCUCUCAAUCCCCAUUUGCCUACCAAGCUGCCCCUGACCGAAGAGGUUGAAAGACCUGAAUCUUCAUACUCCCUCUCAAAGCUCUUAGGCGAGAAGAUGAGCGAGCAAUUCUGUCGAUGGGAUCCUGAGCUCAAAAUUAUCAACAUUCGUCUCAGCAAUGUAAUUCCUCCGGAGGACUAUGGCAAAUUCCAGACAUGGCAGGACGAUCCUUGGACCCGAUCGUGGAAUGGCUUUGGCUACAUUGACCCUCGUGAUUGUGCCCAGGCAUUCCGCUUAUCAUUGGAGAAGCCACUCAAGGGAACUCAUGUGUUCAACAUCGCGAACGCCGACUCGACUUACACCGCGCCAACCGCGGACCUCGUGAAGAAGGUGUUCCCGACCGUUCAGUACACCGCAGAGACCGACAAUCCUCGGGAAAGUCUGAUUAGUAUCAAAAAAGCACGAGAAGUGCUGGGGUAUGAGCCUAAGUACGACUGGCAGAGCGAGAUCACCAAGCUUCAAGGUCAUAAGAACGCAGCCUAG